ACAUUAUUCAAAACAACAUCAAAAAUGUUUGCCAAAAUCUUAGCCUUUGGUUCUCUGCUGGCAGCAGCCAACGCUGGUUUCCUGCACGGCCACGCUGUCUCAUCUCAAAGUAUCGUGCGUCAUGAUGAGGGUCAUGCCACUCCAUUGUCGUACGCUUCUCCUCUUGUCCACGCUGCUCCCUUGGCUUAUGCUCCCGUAGUAUACGCACCUUCUGCUCACUAUGCUGGUCACGAAGAAUACGCUCACCCCAAAUACGACUUCGCGUACUCAGUAGCCGACCCCCACACCGGUGACCACAAGUCCCAGCACGAGAGCCGCGACGGUGACGCCGUGCACGGAUACUACUCUCUGGUGCAACCCGAUGGUUCCGUCCGCAAAGUUGAAUACUCUGCUGAUGACCACAAUGGAUUCAAUGCCGUUGUUCACAACUCUGCCCCAUCAGUCCACCCCCAGGCUUACUACCAUCAUUACUGAAGAAUUGCACAAUAUAAUAUUAUAGAAGAAAAAUUUGGAUAAUUUAUUAAAAGUUAUUUAGAAUUCAU